UACCUUGACGCUGGUGAUGAUGCUCGCGCUCUCGCAGCGCUGGAGGAUGCGACAGCAGCAGCAGCACCGGGGCGGAUGGAGGAGGAGGCGGAGGUGAAAGACUGGAGGGCGGAACGGAGAACCGAAUGAACGGGGCCGGGUAAUAACGGGAAGGAUGCGGAUUACGGUAACCGCCCGCCGGCCAGCCUGCCCACCCACCGACGACGGCUUCGGUCGUUCGACACGAGCGUGUGCGGAGGAAACGACACCGGCCUGCGGUUCGUUGCGGAGGAAGAGCCUGUGAUGCUUACGCGUCGCCUCACAUUUACGAGUGGCAACCGAGGGGGCUUAACCGCGAGGGCGGCUUGAUUCACAGCGAUUUUUUUUUUUUUUAAUUGACAUUUUUACUUUGUUAGCUUCUCAACAAGCUAACGUCACGACAAUUGACCUCAACGUUUCUAGCCGUUCGUUUUGGCGUCGUCGCCACCUGAUCUCUUCUCUGCAGUCGGGAUGUCGAACUGAACCGCGCGCGCCCCCGAAGUCAAAACCGAACAUACCCACGAAGAGAAAAAAAAAAGCUAAGACAACUCCACCAACAUGGAGGUGUCGUCCUCACGGCUCGGCUGGCUGUCAGGUCUACUCAUAUGUUCGACUUGUCUGUGUUGCCUCGGCGGCGGUCGAGCCGCGCCGGACGCCUCGGGCCUGCCGCUGGCGAUCCGCGUGCCACUGCGGCAAGGCGCUCGCGCCGAGCAGUCGCCGUCGCUGCCACCUGCUGCUGCUGCUGCUUCCGCGGAGCGCGAGCGAGGCGGAAGCGCCGCGGCGAGGAAUCCCGCCGCGCGCCGGCGGAGAGGAGCGGCGGCGGGCGGCGUCACCUUCGUGGACAUGGUCGACAACCUGCGUGGGAAGUCCGGACAGGGAUACUACGUGGAGAUGGCCGUGGGUUCUCCUCCGCAGAAGUUGAACAUCCUGGUGGAUACAGGAAGCAGUAACUUUGCCGUCGGGGCGGCCGCUCAUCCCUUUCUGCGCAGAUACUACCACCGUUCGCUCUCCGGCUCGUACCGUGACCUCGGCAGGAGCGUGUACGUCCCUUACACCCAGGGUCGCUGGGAAGGGGAGCUGGGCACUGACCUGGUCUCGGUCCCGCACGGCCCCAACGCCACCCUGCGUGCCAACAUCGCCGCGAUCACCCAGUCGGAUCGCUUCUUCAUCAACGGAUCCAACUGGGAGGGAAUCCUGGGACUGGCCUAUGCUGACAUAGCUCGGCCUGACGAGACAUUGGAGCCUUUCUUUGACUCUCUGGUUCGUCAGACUCCGGUCCCAAACCUCUUCUCUCUCCAGCUGUGUGGAGCCGGCUUCACCCAAAACUACUCUCUGGGCUGCGCGACUGUCGGCGGCAGCAUGAUCAUUGGAGGCGUUGACACGUCACUGUACGUAGGAGAGCUUUGGUACACUCCCAUCCGCAGGGAAUGGUACUACGAGGUCAUCAUCGUACGCAUCGAGGUUAACGGGCAGGACCUCAACAUGGAUUGUAAAGAGUACAACUACGACAAGAGUAUCGUCGACAGUGGCACCACCAACCUGCGGCUGCCUAGAAAAGUCUUCCAGGCUGCGGUCAAGGCUAUUGAAGCUGCUUCUUCGACAGAGCAGUUUCCCUCUGGGUUCUGGCUGGGGGAGCAGCUGGUCUGUUGGCAGGCCGGCACAACACCCUGGCACAUCUUCCCGGUCAUCUCCCUCUACCUGAUGAGUGAAAACCGCAACCAGUCCUUCAGAAUCUCCAUCCUACCGCAGCAAUACCUGCGGCCAGUGGAGGAUGUGGCUUCAGCGCAGGAGGACUGCUAUAAAUUUGCCGUGUCCCAGUCUAGCACCGGCACAGUGAUGGGGGCGGUCAUCAUGGAAGGCUUCUAUGUGGUCUUUGACCGCGAGAAGAAGAGAAUCGGCUUUGCUGUCAGCACCUGCCACGUGCACGACGAGUUUCGCACUGCCUCAGUGGAGGGCCCCUUCCACGGCGUCGACCUGGAGGACUGCGGCUACAACAUCCCGCAGACGGACGAGUCCACUCUCAUGACCAUCGCCUACAUCAUGGCGGGGAUCUGCGCCCUCUUCAUGCUGCCGCUGUGUCUCAUGGUGUGCCAGUGGCGCUUCGCCCGCUGCCUCCAUCCACACGGGGACUUUGCGGAUGACAUAUCGCUCCUCAAGUGAAAAGGGGAGACGAAGAACAAGAAGAAGGGAAACUGAUGCGGUCAUGGAGACCUACAUUUGAGCAGGGUUGGGUAGUAACGGAUUACAUGUUAUCUUGAUUACGUAAUCAGAUUAUAAAAAAGUAAGUACCUAUAAUCAGACCAGGUGACACUUGGAAAAUGGGUAAUAAGAUUAUAGUUACAUUGUGGAUGAUUACUUGAUUACAUUUUGAUUAUGUCUUUAAAAUAUGGCAAUUUUAAACAAAAAAAUUAUAUAUAUAAUAACCAAUGCUGAAUAUGCCAAAUGGAUUUUAUUUGCAUUGAAAAUAUUUUCGAUGUUUAAAGAGUAAAUUUGUGGAACUCCAAAUUUUGUGGUUCCAUCCAUUUUUUUUAGUAUAAAGUGAAAUAUUUUCAAUGUUUGAUUUUCAAAGUAAUCCAAAAGGUAUUCAGAUUAGAUCAGAUGGUUUUUGUAAUCCAAUGGAUUAUUAUACUGAUUACAAAAAUUGGCGUGUAAUUUGGAUUCAGUAACUGAUUUACAUACUGAAAGUAAUCUGACCCAACCCUGCAUUUGAGUCACAGGAGAGAAAUGCAUUGUGGUAAAGGGGACGUCCGUACGUGCUGCUGGUGUUGAACGAGAACUUUGAAAAGGUAUUUUUUUUCUUUCAGGAAUAUUAUAUAUUAAGCAGCAUCUGAGGAUAUAUUGAUAACGUCAAAUGUUAACAUUGCCUGUUUGAGCCACCUAUGCAGAUGGUUAGCGGAUCAGAAGUGGAAAAUAUAAAGUCAAAUGUGAAACAAAACAAAAAGAAAAAUCACUUCUUUAAUAUAAAUAGUGUAUAAAUAGACCACGGAGAAGGGUUGGAUUUGGAAUUUUGAAAGAUUUGUCUCAUAACAUUGCAAAGUGUUGCAGUGAGUAAUCACAUCAUUUACAAACAUGGCUAAAUGAAUAAACACUAAAUCUGGAGUAUGUGAAAAACCAUCGUUAAUGAGGGGAUGUGGUUUGCUAAGGUUAUGAUUUGAACAUGUGAACAUGUAUUUAUAGAUAUAUCGUGAGUGAAUGGAGUUGAUGUGUGUGUGAGCAUACCUGUAUGUGUGCACAGCAGUACUGAAAGUGAAGAGUAUACAGAAAGGUUCGAUGAGAGUUAAGAUACUUGUGAAGGUGAAAAAUGAUACUGGCAUCUAUGAAUUUACACUAUUUUGCAAAAAAUUACUCCGCAAUGCAAAGCAAGUUCGCAUAACCAGGCUAAUUUGAGAGGAAUAUCAGAUUGUAACAGCAUCUACUGCAUAAAAUCAAGUCUCACGUAGUGUGAAACUAAAACUACUGAACACAGUCAAUAUCAGAUGUCACUUUUCCUUCUUAUAUCGAUAGCUAAAAAUAUAUUGUACAGAAAACAUGUGCAUUCCAGAUCUUUCUAUUUGCGGAGACACACAGAAUAAUACACAUUGCUUAUCAUACCGCACCAUCUGAUGAUUUGCACAUGUAACAACAACAUUUCACAUCAACUUUAAUAGGGCUUCUUUCACCGACACAGAAACGACCUCACUCCCAGCAUCUUUUCACUGGGGAACCACAUAUGCUCGAAGGAGGAAAACCAGCCCAAAGUAUAACAAACUAUUUUGUCUGCAAACAACAGUUUGUAUUGUCUCCCAUGCAACAAGCUGUAAAUAGAUCAAACUCAGAACUGUAUAUUCAUCUGUCAGGCGCUGGCAGCACUGUUGAACCAAUAAAGAACUUAUUGUAACUGUAAAA